AUGAUUCUUCUUGUCCAAAGAUGGUGGUGGUUGGAUGAAUCGAGCCACUUUUGGAUCAUCACUAUCAUCUUCAACACCUUCAUUCGCUCGACCUUGUACCGUCUGACAUCGGAUCCAGUCGGCAAGACCACAUCGCAAAACAAUAUGAGUGGUGUAGGUGCGGUUCCAGCGUCGCGCUUUACACGGCCACUGCCGCACACGCCUCUCAACCAUUUCCUGCGUACCACCAAAUCGCUCCUCGCUUCAGGUGGUCUCGAUAACGAGGAUAUCGUCUACGUCGUCACUUCGCGCUCUCCGACCCUCGAUCAGGCAGUAGCGGCCGUCGGAUUUGCGUACCUGCAACAGCGACUGGAUACGAACGCACAUUCGCAGCGUCGAUACGUCCCCGUGAUCUCAGCUUCUCGUCGGGCGUGUCUGUCCGACGCGUUGCCGGAACUCGCGCUGGCGUUGCAGGCUGCAUUGGUAGCGGAACAGAAUGUCAUCUUUGAGGAUGAUGAGGUGUACAAGACGGUAGGAGCGUAUACGUCGAAGAAGAAGGUGGUGCUGGUAGGAGGUGCAGCGGAACAGAAGGGUGAGGAGGCUUGGAAAGAGUGGCUGGAGUUGCAUGGUGCAGAGCUGUUCGGUGUCAUCGAUACGGAAAAUACGCUGCCGAAGCAGAUGCACGACGAACAGGGUGGUGUCAACGAGCGGUUGAACGUGGCGCUGUUCCCAUCAGCACAGGCGGUGAGGGGUGGUGGAGAGGCCGAGCCUAGUUUGGCUUCGCUCGUUGCGCUUUGGGCGAAACAGCAGAUUUCAGUAGCAUCGACGACGACUACGACGACGACGACGGACAUCAUCACCAGGGAGCUGGCAGAUCUUCUGCUCGCAGCUAUUCUCCUCGAAACCAACAAUCUGUCCGAAUCGCAGACCAACUCGGCCGAUUUGGGCGCCGUGGGAUGGCUCAACCCGCGCUCGUCCUUCCAGCUGCAGGACGAGGACGAAGCCACUUCCGGACCUGAUGGUACGACCGAAGAUGACGAUGAUCUGAACAACGACGAAAUGAAUGCGCCCAACUACGACGCAUUUGUUCCCACAUUCCCCGACCUCGACGCAAUGUACCGUGCGCUUCGAGGUGCCUCGCGUCGAUCCAUGUCAGCCAAGGACGCGACGGCGUUGGCCGCUGAUGAGGGUGCGACAGCUGUCGAUCUGGGCGAUGCAUCUCCUCAGCACUAUCAAUGGAAUCUCAUCACCCACACGCUCGCCAACUUGGACGAGGAGCACAAGGCUUCCGUGCCGGAUUCCGUCCGCAAGACCAUUGUUGGAGACUUUACGGCAGUAUUGACUUCCAGCUUCGCGGGUCGACUGCUCAAGCCCAUCGGCACGCAGCUCGGUCAGGCUCUCAGCAGCGACAGCUCGACGUUCGACUUGACCUCACUUCAAAAGCAGAUCGAUGCAGCAGUGGCAGAAGAGGUGACGAGCGAGUCGCAAGGCUUCGAGACGCUCUGCGUGGCCGUUUGUGCUCUGCAUGCGUUCGUUCAGAUCAACUGGACGGGUCCGGAGUUGCCCGAGUCUUUGGAGCUGCUCAGCUUGCUGCGCGCCUCCGCACCGGAUGCAUUCCCACCACGACCGGUGGAUGUCGAUGCAGAGGAGAAAACGAAUGCCGAAACCAACAAGCUGAUUCACGGAGCGUCGCUCGAAGCGCUGGCAUUCAAGGGUGAACCUGCGUAUCAUUUGUGCCAGGUGCCCUUUUUCCUCGUCUUCUCCAAGCUGGUCAUCGAGGCCCUCUGGGCAGUCCAAGCCUCGCAACAGCAAGAACCAAGAGUGCACAUCGAGACGUUGCCGUGGUGGAGGUUGCGAGCGUUUACAGUGCACAGCCAUGUGCUGGACGAGCCUGUUGCGUUUGGCAAAAAGGUGUUUGACCCGGUCAACAAGUUGCGCGACAUGUUGGUGGCUCGUGCUGCUGCUGCGACCUCGAAGGCAACCGAGGCGGGGAGGAGCGAAUGGGCUUCGCUUUCGUCGCGUCUCAUUCUGGAGCGUGGGAUUGCAUUGCAGAGGCUGGGAAGCGAUAAGGAGGCUUCCGAGACGUUUGUCGAUGCUGCCAAGGAGAACGGGUUGAGGUACCGCAUGUCCGGUGCGUUGGGAAAGAGGACCAAGUUCCAGAAGGAGGACAAGACGCAGCUGGUGUUGCUGGCCAAGAGUGUUGUUGCGGAUGGCGGUAAGGAGGAUGAGGAGGUCGAGAAGUCGGACAAAGAGCAGGGCGAGGCGGUGGAGGGAGCAGAGAACGAGGAAGUUUUCGAGACGGGCUUCGCAGCAAAAGCCAAUCCUGAAGAUCAGGUCGCGGGCAUGCCAUCGACCUACGCGCUCAACGACGAUACGCUGCUCGAACAGACCAAAUUCACCUCGACCACCGCAUCGAAUCUCACCGCGGUCGACGAGGAACAAGCUGAUGCCGACCUGCUCCAGCUCGACCCGAACGCCCAACCAGCGCUUGCGGUGCUCGACCAGUGCACACUGCUCGCGCUCUGCCUCAACAUCCGCAACACCCAAGCCGCGCACGGUCUGACCGCCAACCAGAUGCAGAUGUUCAUCUCGCGCGUCGUCACCCACCCGCGCAACUGGAUGGUGCACACCAUGUCCCUCUUGCUUCGGGCGCGGCUGGAAUCCACGCGCACGCGCACCGUUGAACGAUCCGUGCUCCAGCUGCAGGCGUUGAUCGAUCAGAUGCCUACCAACGACUCGUCGAUCCAGGAGAGGCUCAAGUUCUUCCACGCGCUCGACCUGCCGCCGCGCUGGGAGAUGCAGGCGGAACUCGCGCGUCGCUACGCCAGCAUCGGCGUGACGAGGUCGGCGCUGGAGAUUUUCGAGAGGGUGGAGAUGUGGGAGGAGGUGGUGCAGUGUUUGGGUAUGUUGGGGAGGCAGGAGGAGGGGGUGGAGGUGGUGAGGGAGCUGUUGGAUGGGAAGAAGGUCGAGGCGGAUGUUGAGGUGGCGGUGAGGAGAAGGCGGGAAGCGACGGUGGAGGGGAGCGAAGCGCAGCGCGUGAUGUACGGGAGGAUGGAUAGGGCGAGAGAAGCCAAGUUGUGGUGCCUUUUGGGGGAUCUGGAACCCUCUUCCGCCUUGGCGCACUAUUCCAAGGCAUGGCAGGUUUCGGCUUCCUCCUCGGCUCGUGCUGCGCGCAGCCUGGGUGGUGUACACUUCACAUCGCAGGACUUCCAGCAAGCAGCAAAGUGGUUGAAGUACGCGCUCAAGAUCAACCCUUUGUACACGAGGAGCUGGUUCAUCCUGGGAUGCUGCUACAUGCGACUGGAAAAGUGGAAGGAGGCAGCGCAGUGCUUCCGACGAUGCACGGCGUUGGACGAUGAGGAUAUGGAGAGCUGGAACAAUCUGGCGAGUUGUUAUCUGAGGAUGGUGGAGGGAGUGGAGACGGCCGUGGGGAUUGAGAGGAUGGGGGAGCAAGGUGGGUUGCCGGAUAUCUUGGAGGCGGCGGAAGAGGAGGCGGAUAGGGUGUGGGAUUCUGCGGCGGAUGAGGAGGAGGACGAGGAUGAAGGGUUGAGUGAUUGGAGUGGGAGUUCGAGGUCAGAUUCGGGGGUGGAGGUGUCGAGCGACGAGUCAGAUGCAACGUCGGUGGCGGACAGCGAUGCGGAGACGGAGACGGGGCUGCCGAAUCCAGGCGAGGUCUCGAGCGGCAACCGCGGACGACGAGCUGGGGCAACUACAUCGGCAUACUCGCUCAAGCUGCUUGCUCAUCGUUCUUUGCAGCAAUCGCUUCGAUUCGCACACGACAACUGGCGCGUCUGGUACAACUACAUGAUCGUAUGCAUCGACGUAGGGUACCUUCUCGAGGCUACCCGUGCCAUGGUCCGGGUGACGGAGAUUCAGACACGCAACAAGACGAACGACGCGGAACGGGCCAAAACCGUCGACCUUGCGGUGCUAGCCCGUCUGGUCGACGCUGUGACGCGAACACCAAAGGCGGAACUGGAAGCGGAAGCACUCGCCGCACACGAAGCCUACGAAGCAGCUUUGUCCGGACAUUCUCGCAGCGGCACCUCCGGAGCUGCCCCCACAGCGCCCAAGCUCGACCCGAACUCUGGACUCGGACUGUUGCCCGCAGUACAACGGUUGUUCGACGAAACGCUCCUCACGCGCAUCUCCUCGUCUUCCGGCAUCUGGAAGCUCUACUCGAGGCUGCUGUUGUGGGACGGCCAACGCAGACGUGCGAUCCAACAUGCGCUGUUGAACGCGUACAACGCCGCGCUGGUGGAAGCAGAGGAAGGCGGACUGCAGUCGGACAAGGAGGUGUUUACGACGUUGUUGAAGGAUCUCAGGAAUUUGGUGGAUGGGCUGUUGGAUCUGGGCGAGGAAGGGGAGGGAGAUGCACCAGACCCGAGAUUCCAAGCGAGAAGCUUGGUGAGGAGUUUCCUGGCCAAGACGAGGGACAGUUGGGAUCAGGAAGACGAGUGGGAAGAGGCAAAGGAGCUGCUGGAGCAGCUGAAGAGCUGA